UGUUUACGCCAUCUGAAGCAGCCAACUCCACCACCCUAAAAAAUGGGAGCUUUUCACUCAGAAACUAACACAAAACGCACACAAACAUAAGUUGAUGUAGGUGGUAGAUGCAUGACUCAUGAGAGCCACCACCAACUUCUCAUGAUCACACUUUCCCCCCCCCCCUUUUUCUUUCUAUCUUCGCUCCUUCAAUCACCAUCUUCCUUCCGUCCCUUAAAGCUACAAACUUUAUAUAUACUUUUUUCACCAGAUUUUAUAUCGUCAACCUGAAAAACCUAGCUUUUUCUCUAUCCGUUUCUACGCUGACUACUCCACCACCUUAUUUGUUUCAUCUCCUUUUUCUCAGACACGGGUAUAUGCAAAGGAAGAUCAAUUAAACCGUUGUUUGCAGGGUUAAGCAUUCCCCACAUGGUGAGCUUACGCAGACGCAAGCUCCUGGGACUCUGCUCUGGGAGGAGUUCCUUUUUGACUCCACUUCCUAGAGUUUUUGAUAACGUACAUACACCUGAAAGUUCGAGUCAGAAUGCAAAAUCAGUUAGUGUGCAUCCCUUGCCCUUAGAUUUCAUCAACCAAGUGAAUGAGAAAAGCAUUGCUAAGGUUGACUAUGCAUCACCAAAUGUUUCUGUUUCCGUUUCAUCCAAAGAGCAUCAGAAUCAACCUUUUCCAGGUCAACCAAUUAAACGGAGGAAGCGACACAGGAGGAAGCAUCUUCAAAACCAAGAACCAUGUCUAAUGAGGGGUGUAUACUUCAAAAAUAUGAAAUGGCAGGCCGCGAUUAAAGUUGACAAGAAACAGAUUCACUUGGGAACAGUUGGUUCACAAGAAGAAGCCGCUCGUUUAUAUGACAGGUAUUUUUAUCUGUGUAGAGCUGCAUUCAUGUGUGGAAGGGAGCCGAACUUUGAGCUUCCCGAGGACGAAAAGCAAGAGCUUAGGAAGUUCAAGUGGGACGAGUUUUUGGCAUACACUCGCCGUUCGAUCACCAACAAAAAACACAAACGGAGGCUCGAGGUCGAAGCACAGAAGUGGUCCAAGUCUGCAAUAGAGAAUGGUGAGUGGGACACCAAACGAGGAAUCAACAAUAGCUUCUCGGCUUCAGAAGAGAUGGGACCGGACUCUUCAGCCGAAUAAUCUGGUUCGAGCAAUUAAAUUCUAGUUGCAGGGUCUACAUUUUUAGGUGUAAAAUUCCCUUCUAU